AUGCAUACCCCGCACGCGACCAGUGAGGUCGUCGACAUUGAGAAGAACGACCAUGAUGAGAAGAUCGUCCCUGUCACCACCGUCACUGAAGAUGGCGUUCAAACGGGCCAAGUCAAAGGUCUGCAUAAAACGCUUCGCAACCGUCACAUGCAGAUGAUUGCAAUCGGUGGUUCUAUCGGAGCUGGUCUCUUCGUUGGUUCAGGUGGUGCACUUCGCACAGGUGGUCCUGGUUCUCUCUUAUUCGGUUUCAUGAUUACAGGUUUCAUGUUGCUAUGCACCAUGCAAGCGCUUGGUGAACUUGCUGUCCUCUAUCCUGUCAACGGUGCUUUCUUUACCUAUACCUGUCGAUUCGUCGAUGAGUCUUGGGGCUUUGCUACUGGCUGGCAAUAUGCUUUCGGAUGGCUUAUCGUCCUUCCUUUCGAGCUCGUCGCUGCCUCCAUCACUAUCGAAUUCUGGAGAACAGAUAUACAUAUGGCUGUCUGGGUCACUGUCUUCCUCGUAUUCUUGAUCGUCAUUCAAUUCUUUGGCGUAAGAGGUUACGGAGAGGUUGAGUGCUUCCUUUCUGUCAUCAAAAUCCUUGCAUGCUGUGGGUUCAUUAUCUUCGCCAUCAUCGUCAACUGCGGUGGUGUCCCGACUGACGACCGAGGAUACAUCGGUGCUCGCUACUGGCACGAUCCUGGUGCAUUCCGCAACGGUUUCAAAGGUUUCUGCAGUGUCUUUGUUGUCUCUGCAUUUGCCUUCGGCGGUACAGAGAUGGUUGGCCUUGCUGCUGCUGAAGCUGCGGAACCACAUAAGAGCUUGCCUAGAGCUACCCGCCAGGUCUUUUGGCGUAUCGCCUUCUUCUAUAUCGUUUCGCUCUUCCUUCUUGGUCUGAUCCUUCCCUCCAACAACCCAGGGCUACUCGGUUCUUCAGGCGCAAAUACCAAGGCUUCGCCCUUCGUCUUGGCUAUCCGAGAGGCUGGUGUCACAGGUCUUCCGUCCGUGUUCAAUGCGGUCAUCACAAUCUCAGUCAUUAGUGUCGCAAACUCAUGCGCAUAUGGCUCAACCCGGACAAUGCAGGCUCUCGCUGGCCGAGGCAUGGCACCGCGUUUCUUAGAGUAUAUUGACAACAAAGGCCGUCCGCUCUACUGUGUGAUCAUUCAACUUGCUUUCGGCUGCCUUGCCUACGUUGGUGAAGCAAAAGGUGCUAGCGGCAAGGUCUUCGGAUGGCUUCUUGCCCUCACUGGCUUGUCCUUCCUCUUUGUCUGGGGUUCAAUCUGUCUUGCUCACAUCCGUUUCCGAUCAGCAUGGAAAGCCUCCGGCCACACUGUCGAGCAACUCCCAUACCGCGCCGCCAUGGGUGUCAUCGGCUCAUAUAUCGGUCUGAGCAUAAACAUCCUUGCGCUUGUCGCAUCGUUCUAUGUCUCCCUCUUCCCUGUGGGUGGCAAGCCUGAUGCCGAAGGCUUCUUUUCCAGCUAUCUUGCCGGCCCAGUCGCCUUGGCUUUCUACGUUGGAUGGAAGAUCAAGGAUGGUAUGCAGACGGGCAGGUGGAAGCUUUACCUCAGCACUAGCGAGAUUGAUGUUCACGCUGGGCUGAGGGAAGGAACGCUGGAGGGAAAGUACCACGAUGGGGUUGAUCAAAGACAGCCCUUCUGGAAGCGAGCUGUUCGAAGUCUAUUCUAG